AUGGAUACAUCUCAUAUUCUUAAUCAGCUCUCACUGUCACCUACAAGAUUUCCGGAUUGCUGCUUGGCUAUUUCCAGCACCUUGAUCACCUCUAUUGUUGCACUCCUCCCCAAGAAGCCCGCCUUUACGCUCUCGAUCGGCAGCGGAUCAGGUCUACUCGAGUAUCUACUUGCUCAUAGCAAUGAACAUGUAUCAGUUCAGGGUGUGGAGGUGAGCUCAACUGUCAAUCGGUACAUUUCCGAGGAAGAUAUGCAUGUCGUUAGUGGUGCGUGGGGUCUAUAUUCCUUUGCCAAGCAGGCUACGGCAUGGAUGUUUGUGUACCCACGCGACCCGAAGCUUGUCACAAGAUAUCUUGACUCAUAUGGCAGUGAAGCUGUAGAAGUGAUUCUCUGGCUUGGGCCACGGGUCGAUUGGCCCGACUAUGAGCCGUGUUUUCGCCAUUCCUCAUUCUCGAAGCUUGAAUUUCCAGAUAUCGGAUUAACGCCGUAUGAGGUCGCGGUAGUUGCCCGAAGAUCAUGA